AUGCCGAACGAGAAUGUCAUUGUCGCAUUCAAAGGGACAACCGUCGGUAGGGUUGUAUACGGGAGCUUUCCCACGAAAAUUACCGACGCGACUAGACCCGACUCAUCACUGGAGGAGCAAAGACAGGCUAAUGACAACCUCCUGUCAGCUGUUGCUGUGCUACGCAACGACCAGAUCCAUUCUGACCGAGAUUAUUCCACAGCGCUUGCCAUCAUGCGCAACUUUUCGACAUGGUAUCCAAACGCCUCCAUCUGGACGGUGGGCCAUUCCGUCGGUGGAUCUUUGGUCAGCCUGAUGGGUCUGACAUUCAACAUCCCCUCCGUGUCCUUCGAGGCUCCGCCGCAGAAGCUGGCCGCUGAGAGACUCGGCCUCGCCCCCCCUCCGCGGUCCACAGAUUUUCACAUUGGAAAUACGGCUGACCCAGUGUUCAUGGGUACAUGCAAUGGCGAUUUCUCAUCGUGUUCGGUUGCCGGCUGCGCCUUCGAAAGCCAAUGCCAUACUGGAAAGCUCUGUGUUUACGACACCGUUCAGGACCAGGGCUGGCGACGGAGUAUCACGAACCAUCGCAUUAAUGUGGUGAUCCCUCAGGUACUGGAAGCCUACAACAGCACUCCUGUACGUGAAGCCGACGAUGAGUGCGUCGACUGCUUUAACUGGAAAUUCGACGAGACACGAUGA